AUGCCAGUUGCCACAGCAGCAGCAGCAGCAGUUCCUCCCGCCAGCAAAGGGCCCCUGUCCAUUGCACCCCAGAAAAUAUUGGAGGAGGCUGGUCAGGGCCUUCAUGAAGGUGCAGCAAUGGGUCUCACAGACCCAAAUGACGGGGGGCCUCUUCUAGGCGAGGAGGCUGCUGGUGAAGGCGGUUUGUCUUUUGGUUCUCCUUCCUCAGGUUCCGCUAAGGAGAACGAAGAUGGGCAAAAAGAGUCUGAAAACAACGAAGCCAUGAAGAAGCCGCAGCAGCGAAAGCGAUUUGUUCCCGCGGCCCUCUCAGCCCAACGCACUUUAGGGUCUGCUCGCCUCGCUUUUGCUGCACCUGGUACCGCAGCAGCAGCAACAACAGGAACAACAGCAACAGCAGCAAGAGCUGCAUCAGGACCAAGAAGGGAUGCUCGCAGGAGUGGAUUUGAAAGAGCAAGACAAUCCCUCCUUGCAGCAGGGGCUGUUCAGAAGUUGAAGGAAGUUGUUGCAGGUACAGCUCCCAUCAACCCCAGCCGCGUAACUCCUCAGCCACAAGACGCACGCACAAUACCAAUAACAGCAGCAGCAGCAGCAAUAGGAACACCUGCAUCAGUUCUUGCUGCAACUCCAGCAGAACCAGCAGCACCGCCUGCAAAUGCAGCAGCUGCUGCUGCUGCAGACACUGCAAACACAGCAGGAGCUACUGCUGCAGACACUGCAAAUGCAGCAAAAGAUACUGCUUCUGACACUGCAAGUUCAGCAGCAGCUACUGUUGCGGACGCUGCAAAUGCAGCAGGAGCUACGGCUGCUGCAGACACUGGAAAUGCAGCAGCAGUAGUUGCUGCUGUAGACAGUGAAGCAGCAGCAACUAUGCCAGAAGAGAGGCGAGAGGAGCCUCCUGAUGUCGGUGAUAAGGCGGCUGUGCAGCAGGGAGAGACAGAGAACGUAUUUCUGUCUCAUUAUAGUCCAGGCAGCUAUGCUACCCGCCGUCAAUCAUAUUUACCAUCAAACUUUUCUUCUCCUCUGCUGCUUCUGUCCCCUAGAGCCUCUGCAGCAGCAGACUCCGCAGCAGCAGGGCAGUCAAUACUGUUGUCGCCAACAAGCAGCAGGAGGAGAAACCUCCUCAGCACCCCGUCAGAGGACAAGGCAAAUAGAGAGGGGCAUUUCGUUUCUAUAUGGACGUCCGAUGGUGCUGGUGCUGCUGCUGCUGCUGCUGAUGCAGCAGCAGCAGCAACGGAAACAAGUGCAGGAAGUGCCAUACGGGACCCAACAGCAGAAGCGCCAGAGCCAAAAGGAGCAGUCAUGACUGCUGCAGCAGUGGCAGGAAGGGACGGACGAGCAGCGCCAGCAGCUCCAGCAGCAACAACACCUGCUGCUGCUGCUGCAACACCUGCCGCAACAGCAACAGCACCCAGUGCUGCUUCUAAUGGAGCUCUGUCAGCUGCAAGGGAGAGUGGUCAAGUUGAGCCACGUGUUCGAGGAGCUACCGGCCAAAGAGAAGAGGGGGCAGCAAGUAAGCGCCGCCGUGUGGGUCCCCCAGCUGGUUCCAGUGCUUCUGCUGCUGCUGCUGCUGCUCGUCGCUUUUGGCUCAGCUCUCAGGAGUACCGGAAAGAGCAGCGGCCGCCGCAACAGCAGCAACAGCAGCCAGGGAGAGCUGGCAAACAGCCUGUGGCUGCAUCUCCCCCUCCUGAAGGCGGUGCACCUUCAGCUAAUGCUGAGGUUGCUGUCAGUUCACCUGAGGAGGAGGAGUAUCGAGGAGGUGGUGCAGCAGGCAGAGAAGCAGCAGCAGCAGUUGCUGCCCCAACACCAGCUGCUGCGGCGUCGCCCCAUGUGGCCAUUGCCACCGAUCAGACAAGAGCAAACCGCAGCAACACCAGCAACGGCCCACCGCUAGGCCUGGGCAGCAGCAGCAGCAAUUUCGACCUUCGCGCGCUGAGGGAAGAGUGCUACAGAGGGGACGUGGGGCCUCUGCUGCAGUCCGUAACAUCAUUGUCUUCGGGGCGGAGGAGCUUGCGCAGUCGCCGCAGCAAAAGUCCAUUAAGAACUGGUGCCUCUGUUGCUGCUCGUUCUGCUUCACCUGCUGCUGCUGCUGCUGCAUCCCGUGCAACGAGGGCCACAGAGGCAGCAGCUGCCACGCCGGCUUCAGGUGAUGAGGAACAGCAACAAUUGUCUCCACGAUCACGAGCCCAUCAGCAGCUGUCCCCUUUGUUGGUGCAUGGGCAACGACUGCAGCAGCAGCAAGAGCUGCGUUCACCGCUGCUUCUGUACCAGAAGUUGCAGCAGCAGCAGCUGGAGCAGCAACAAUCUGAUGAUGAGCAGCAAACCGACAAGCAGGUUGGCUUCCCGCCCGUUGUUGCUGUAGAAGGAGCCCCUAGGCCCUCCCCAGAAGUCUUUGCCACUCACAGAGCUGCAGGAGUCUCCAGCCCAGGUAUGUCUCCUGCUGCUUCUGCUUCGCGAGCACGUGCUUCUGUGGCUGCACGUGCUGUGGCAGCAGGAGACAAGGAGGCUCCCGCAGUCUCACACAGCAGCAGCAGCAGCAGCAGCAACAACACCAGUAGCGUUCUUAGCACCUCCAGGAACACGGGAGUCACAUCUUUUGCUGCUGGACUGCAGAGACGGCCACAGCAGCAGCAGCAGCUUACGUCCGACAAGCCCGAAGCACGCCGUGUGCAGGCCCGAGAGACACCGCAGGCAGCGGCAGUCACGGCAGCAAAAGCAGCAUCAUUAAAAGCCACAACACCAGGGCCAGCAACGGCAACAACAGCAGAACCUACACCAGCGGCAGCGAGUACGGCUGCAGCAACAACAGCAACAGGAGCAGCAGCAGCAGGAGUAGCAGGGCCAACUGGAACAAUGGAGCUCGAUGGUGCCAGGAGGGGGCCAACCCCUGCAACACAAGAACCUACGGAGAUCGGAGCAGCACGUGCAGCAACGGCUGCUUCUGAAGUGCUGCCUCCCCUUUCACCUUCACGAGAGUAUUCAUUUGAUGUCCCUCGAGCCCCACCGGCGUCUCCGUGCAGUUUGAAUCAAUCUCCAAUUAGACGGGUGCAUCAGUGGCAGCAGGAACAGCAGCAGCUGGAACCACAGCUGCAGCAGCAACAACAACAACAGCAACGACCGCAGUUGCAACGUCACCACCAGCAGCGUCUUCCCACUGACGAGAUGCAGCAUGAGGAGUCAACUGGAGAGACACCUGAGCACUUGGAGCUCCAGCGCCAGCAGGAACGGUACAGGGAAGCAGCAGAGCAACCAGGACAGCAACAGGACCACCCCCAACAGCAGCAGCAAGAAGAACAGCAAGACAAGCAGCAACAAAACAGCAAACAGCAAGAGCUGCUGCAUCAAGGGAUGGGAGCUGAUAGGGGGCGCGGAGAUGAACAGCAGCAGCAGAAGCAACAGGCCAUGCAGCAGCAGGCAGCAGCAACAAGCUUGACACCUCCAGCAGAACCACGUGGAAGCGACACGCCUUCCUCAUGUCGUAGGAGUCCGAGGCAGAGCGCCUCUACUGCAGCAGCGCCUCCCCAGCUAGCUGCUGCAUAUGAACAACGGCUUCAGCACCACCAACCACAGCAGCAGCAACAGCCACAGCAGCAGCAGCAGGGUGGAGCAGUAGUUCUGGGGUCUCCGUUGAGGUCUUCCCGACCCGCUUCUCCUGUCAGUGCAGAGGCGGCUGUCGAGCUCCAGGUGCCUCUGCUUGGGCAGCCUCCCAACAGCAACAGCAGCAGCAGCAGCACGAGCAACAGUGCAACCUCAAGCACCUGCACUGCCAGCAGCAGCAGCAGUUCCAGCCUUCUCACUGACGCCACAGCUUUGACAGCUGUGGAGGGACAGCAGCCAGCAGCCAAACGAGGAACUCAAGUGGCCGAAGUGCAGCAGCAGCGGCCCCAGCAACAACAUCUACAGCAGCAACAGUUACAGCAGCCGCGGCAACAGCAGCAGCUUCUGAGCGAGGCAGGAGACCCUGCGUCUCCGAGGGGCACCUCAACCAGUUUGCGCAUUCCAUCAGGAGAAGGCUCACGCUGCCUCGUAUCUUCUCUAGGGGGUCCUGCCGCUGCAGAGGCAGACACUCAACAGCAGCCGCAUCAGCAGCAGCAGAGGAAUGGCAGUUUGUCGUCUGUUGGGCCUGUCGGGGUCUCGUCUCAGCGCAACAGUACGCGCAUUGAUGGAUCGUCGGCCCGUUUUGAGGGGUCGUUAAGGGAACAACCAGAGAAUACAAUGUCUUCCCCUAGACCAGAAUGGAGUGGUCUGCUGUCAUCUCCCUCCAGAAGCCCCUCGAAACUCGUGCAGCAGCAGCAAGAGCAGCAGCAGCAAGAGCAGCACCAUCAAGAGCAGGACCAUCAAGAGCAGCGGCAUUGUACUGUCUCGGAGGCGCCUUCAGAAGGCCGCCGGCAUUCAACUGCGAGCAGUUCCCGCAAGAGGUCUCGGCGCAGCUCUACCCUUCACAGCAACAGCGGCGGCAGCAGCAGCCCGUGGUCUUCUGUAGCUGCAGCAAUAGCCCACAAGGGUCGGCGAGCUGCAUCGGCAGGCUGGCGUCGGCUGUAUUCAUCUGCGCGACGGCAGUUCUCUCGGUUGUCUGUUAAGGCUUUGCGGUUAGCAGACACUUUUGCUGUCUCUGCGCUGCUGUCUGCUGUGGGUCCGCUCAACCCUGAGCUAAUAGAAACCCUCUCUUGUCUGCUGCCUCCCGCAUUCACAAAGCUGCCGGAUUUGGCUCGAGCAGCGCUGGGUGCCUGUGAAGUGCGCCGAAGCGACCCCUGCAGUAUCAUAUCGAGACGAAUCCUUGCAGGGAGCCCGUCACCGGAGGAGGCUCAGGAAGCGCUGCAAGACGCGGCAGCUGCCGAGUGCCGGGGGGACGUGGGGAGUGUAGAGUGGACAAUUGUGCAACUCGCGGCGCCGACUAUCAUCUAUGGCCUCGACGUACUGACAGCACAGGAGGUGGCUUCUCCGGACUCCCAGGGUCGCCCCCCUGUUGUGACUCCUUCAGGGGCUUCCGGGGGCUCGCAGGGCCCCCCCUUCUUUGUAGAAGGUUUGCGCGCCAAGCCUGCAGUGGACGGCAGUCUUGAGCUGAGCGAAGCGGAGACUCCGGGUUGGGUGACGGUGUUGGGCUGCGGGGAUCGUCUGCGUGCUCAUCACAAUUAUUUUUCUGUGGAUGUUCGGGGCCUUGCUUUGACGCAUCUGCGUUUGGGGGUGCGGCGUUUCGCGGGCUCCACGGCUUUGGAUUCCUCCUCUGGUUUUGAGUGCGCCGGGGCCUGUGUUCGUACGGCAGUGCUGCGCCUAAGGGUAUACGGACAGGCUGCCUUGGGGGUGCCACCGAGCGCCCCAGAAGAAGAUUUCAGAACGCAGGCUGAGCAGGAGCAGCAGCAGUGGCACUCAAGAGGCUUGCACGAACUGACGAAUUUGCUGCAGGGAGCUGCCGUUAUUUCAGGGCCACAGUCAGGUGUAUGGGCAUCUCAAAUGAGGCAAGAACUGCUAAUGAUGAGGAAUUUCGGGGACCCAGAUAACAGAUGGCGCAGCAACUGCAGGAGCCGCAGCAGCACCAGCAGUGCGUUUGCUGCUUUAGGUAUUGGCAAUAAGACCACCGAGUCUGAGGGAAAACAGGGGGCUGCUGAGGUGUGGGUUGUGCGACUAACCGCUCGGAGUCAUCCGAAGUACGCCGAGCUGCGGCGGUUCUGUUCGCAAGACAAUGGAAGCGAAGAGGAAACCCUCACCACCUACGAAAUCCAAUGCACAGAAGCGCCAGACGAGGGUCUAAAUGUUACUGGGGUUUACGAGGACUUAGGAUUUGCGGGGUUUACUUGA